AUGGAAAAAACCUUAAUCACUUUCAUCUUCUUCCUCCUCCUCCUAAGUCAACGAGUUCACGCCCAGGCGAAUCCACCUGGGAUCGAACCAGACUCACAUAAUAGCGAAAACUUCAGCCGACCAAAGGAGAUUAUCAUAGUAGCCGUGAUCGCUAUCAUUAUAUUUAUUGGGUUUUAUUUCAUCUAUCUUUGUUGCUGCAUCGAUGACCAACUCAUGGAUUUUGGAAACUGGAGUCGAUGGCGACCUUGGAAUUUCACUGGAUCAUCCCAGCAUUCGCUUAAGACUCCCUAUGGAGGACUCGACCCUGCCGUAGUCAAGAGCUUCCCAACUUUCAAAUACGAGUCAAUAAAGUCAACAUUGAUCGGUAAAGGGACGUUAGAGUGCGCAGUUUGCUUAAUGGAAUUCAACGACAAAGACAUUUUGCGUUUAAUACCAAAGUGUGACCAUUUUUUCCAUACUGAUUGCGUUGAUGAAUGGCUAGUAAGUCACGCUACUUGUCCUGUUUGCAGGUUCAACCUCACAAACGCCGACUUAUGGGAUUAUACAUCACCAAACGACGACACUGAAGACGACAAUGAUGAAAUGAGUAGGAAGCGCAGGGUGAUGAAGAACUUGUCGAGGUCGUUAUCGACAGGGCAUAUGGAUAGGUUUAUGCUAAGGUUACCGAGGGAGGUAGGAAAGCGGAUCAAAAUGUUUGAUGGGAAUACUAAUUUGUGGAUUAUUUCGGGAGAAAGUAGCACAAAGGCAGGUUAUAGAGAAGGGUUUGGUGAAGGGAGUAGUACUAAUAGAUGUAAAUCGGAAAGAUUUGGAAAUGACAAGGUGUUUUCGUUUGGAAAACAAUUUACGAGCAAAGAGGACUCUUUCCUUGGUGUUGUUCCUGUUGAGCCAGCUCAAUUGCUUGUUUGA